AUGACGCUGUGUGCACUGCUGGCCGUGCUAGUCAGUUAUGCAUCCACGCUGCCCAGCCUCAGUGACAAAACCCAGUUCCCCUCCUUCCUGCGCACUCUGGCCAGUGAUCUAACAUCCUCACGUGCUGUGACCCAGCUGGUGCUGCACUUGGGAUGGUCCUGGAUUGUCAUCCUGGCUCAGGACGAUGACUUUGGGCAGCAGGCUGGUGCUCUGGCUGCUGGGGAACUGGGAAGGGCAGACAUCUGCAUCGAAUUCCACCUCUCAGUGCCUUCCCAGCACUCCCCUGAGAAGAUCAGCACUGUGGUGCAGAAGAUGCAGAUCAGCACUGCCACAGGAGUCCUGGUCUUCCUGAACAACUCUAACUUCAAGCUCAUCCUGCAGAGCCUGCUGGGUGUCUGUGUCCUGGGCCAGGUCUGGGUCAGCGAGGGCCUCCUGCACACGGCACUUGCCCUGGCCAUGCCGGGCAUCUCUCGGGUCCUGCGGGGUGCGUUUGGCCUUCUGUGCCACAGAAACCGCGUACAUGGGUUCCCUGAGUUCUUCGCCAGCCUACACCCAAGUCGGACCCCAGAGGACAUGUUCCUGGGGAGGUUCUGGGAGGCCACCUUCGGGUGCAGGUGGCCGCAUGGGAACGGUACAGUGUCUGGAGCUGUGCAGCUGUGCUCAGGUAGCGAGAGUCUGAGCGGCCAUGAACAUCCUUUCCAGGAUGUGAGUAGAGUGGACAUCGCAUACACGGCUGUGUACAGUGUCGCCCACGCCCUGCAGGAUCUGGUGUCCUGUGAGCAUGGGGGUGGGGUGUGCGCAGGCCCCCGGCACUUCCAUCCCUGGCAGAAUCCAGAUGAUGUGGGCCCAUUUGCCUUUGGAAUGCAGGCUACUGGCCAGAGACAAGCAUCACAAGUGCCUCUAAGGAAGGUGCGCUUCCAGACCCCUGAUGGGACCCACAUCGCGUUCGAUGCCCAUGGAGAUUUGGUGACAAAAUUUGACGUUCUGCAAGGGCAGCAGAGCCCCGAAGGCCAGUUCCACUUUGUCCACAUCGGCACCGUGUACCCUCAUCCCUCUUCAGGGGACAGAAUGAUGAUCCGCUUGAAGGACGGCGUUGAG